AUGGGUCUGACGUCAGUGGUUAGAAUAAUGGAGGCGGCGGCAUCGGCCAUGCUGGCCUCUCACCACCACCAGGAAAUGACGAUCUCUGGAGAUCGCGCUACGGGUGCGGUUGCGGAGACGACAACUGAGGCGCCUCGUAAAUCGCCUCGAAAAUCGCCUCAAAGAUCGCCGCACGACGCGGCGGGAUCGGCCAUGCUGGCCUCUCAUCACCACCUCCAAGAAAUGGCGGUCUCUGGAGAUUGCGCUACGGGCGCGGGUGCGGAGGCGACACGCCUUAGAAGCUCCGCGCACUCCCCGCAACCCGCGCAACCCGCGCAGUCUCCGCAAUCCGAGAUCGUUCCUGUCGGGGACGCGGGGAGCGGCGCGCAGGCGCAAGCGCAAGCGCUAGAUCCGGCGGAGAAGCGGCUGCUGGAGCUGGGGUACCGACAGGAGCUGAAGCGACGCCUGGGCUGGCUAGAAAUCUUUGGCGUGUCAGCAGCGGUCAUGAACCCAUACAUGACGGCCGUGCCCUUCUUUGGCUUCGCGCUGCUGCAAGCCGGGCCUGUGGGCGUGGUGUGGCCGUGGGUUGUUCUCGCUCCCUUCGCCCUCUGCAUGGUGCUUGUUAUCGCUGAAGUCUGCUCCUCCUUCCCCGUGAGUCCGCUGCUCCCUCUGCUCCUCUCUUCCCCACCCAAUUCAUGCCCUACCUGCCCUCCCCCGCAUCAGUCUGUCCCACCCCCAUGCCCCGCCUGUCCUUCCCCCAUAUUCCUUCUCCCCCCUCUAACCUUCCCGCUUCCUCCUUUUCCCCGACUCCUCCGGAACACGUCAGGCUCGCUCUACUUCUGGGCGGCCAGCCUGUCCCCCCCGCGGUGGAAGCCACUGGUGGCGUGGGUGACGGUGUGGCUCGAGGUGAUCGCGCUCUCUGUGUGCGCCAGCAGCAUCGCCUUCCCAGCGGCGCAGCUGGUGCAGAUGAUGGUGCACCACAUGGCAAGCGGGGAGCACCUCGCCUCCACGGCCUUCUUCUUCGCCCUCUACUGCGCGCUGCUGCUCUCCUGGGCGCUCCUCAACUCCCUCUCCCUCACCUGCAUCUCGCGCCUCCUCGAUUGCUACGUCUACUUCGCUGUGGCCUACACCAUCACCAUCGUGAGUCAUACCAUUCCCUCACUCCCGUGUUCUGAGGUGACAGUGCUGCCAGCAGUAGCAGUGGAGCUCAAGCCACCCUCCUUCAUUUUCCUCGAGUACCAGUCAGGCUGUCCCAUCACAGGCGUGUGCUCACUGCUCCCCUCGCUCAUCCUCGCCGGCCUGCUGCCACACUUCUCCUUCUACGGAUUUGAUUCUGCUGCCCACGUCACAGAGGAGACAAGGAACUCGGACGUAUCGGGCCCGAGGGCCAUCCUGGGGUCGUUUCUGGUGCAGGUGGUGUUUGGUUUCGCCAUCCUCGUCACCUUCACCGCCUGCAUCCAGGGCGACUACCACGCUCUCUUCACGGCCCAGUGCGCACCCUUCAUAGAUCCCAUCAUGUACUCCACGGGAGAAGGCACGCCCUUCAUGGAUCCCGCUCACUUCACCCAAAGCAUCUCUCCUGCCCCCUCCCCCCCCUUUUCCCUCCCCCCCUCCCUUCCCCUCCUCCCUCCCCCACAGGGCGACUACCGCACUCUCUUCACGGCAGAGGGCUCGUCCUUCAUGGAUCCCGUCGUGCACCUCCUCAUAUCCCUCUUCACCGCUCGCUAUGGCUCCGCCACCGGCGCCUACGUGCUCCUCUUCCUCAUGGUCAUCCACUUUUAUGCCGCCGGCUUCGGGGUCACGCUCGCGUCCUCGCGGGCCAUCUAUGCGGCCAGCAGGGAUGGCGCCAUGCCAUGGUCGCGCGUUUGGCGGACCCUGUCCAGGCGCAACCGCAUUCCUGUCAGGGCCAUCUGGCUGUCUACCUUCAUCGCCAUCAUUUUCGGCGUCCCCAGCUUCUUGGCCAUCUGGCUCUCCACCUUCAUCGCUGUUGCAUCUGGAGUCCCUAGUUUCUUCUCUCCGACGUUCUUUGGAACAGUGGCAGCGGUGACGUCAGCAGCCUGGCUGGGAACAUACGGCAUUGUCGUCUUCUUCCGCCUCAUCAUCCCUCCGCACCGCUUCAAACCUGGCCCCUUCUCCCUCGGCCGCUGCGCGCGGCCGCUCUGCGUAGUGGCACUGGGCUAUAUAGUGUACACCAUCGGGGUAUUCAUGGCGCCAAUCUUCUACCCUAUCACGAAUGGCAAGCCAAAGGAGCCGCUUAUCAUCCCUCUCGACAGCUUUGUCGCGAUGCCAGGCGACAGCCCGACGACAUUUGGUAACCAGAUCGAGAACACGAUGCGGUGGGAGGAAUUCUCCAUCACGCAAGCCGUGCCUAAUCUUUGGAACCUCGCAGCGCGUGACUCGUUGGACGGCAAGCAGCUGGCUGCUCUGCCGGCAGCUGCACUGACGGAAGGAACCAGUCAGCCGGCAGCGCAACCAGCAGACGGUCAGAAGGUCGGUGGAAAGCGGCAGCUUCCGGCCGAGGGAUUGAGUCCGACCCGAUGCUCCCCGCGACUGAAGAAACGACAGGAGAUUGCUGCACUGGCGGUCUCCUCGUCGCCGAGACCCCUCUUCGCGAUGUCGCCUCCAGCGUCGCCGAAGUCGCCGAAAUCGCCCAAAGCCCCUAGGUCGCCGAAGACUUCCAAGGUCGCGGAGUCUGUGUCGCCGAGGCGAUCGCCGAGAAAUCAUGCGAAAUCUCGCUUGGCGUUGAAGUGUGCGGGGGAGGUCGCAGAGUCGCACGGGCGAGGGAAGGCGACAGCAGCAGCGUCGCCGGCAGCAGCCUCUCCUAAGCCUGGAGAACGGGCGAAUCGGAGGGUGAACACUCGUUGUAAGGACCGACGUAACUUUGAGGAGUGGAUUCAGAAGGACGACGGGCUCAGUACCGUCGGUACCGCGGCUGAGGAUGCGAAGAAAAGCGGCGGCGGAAACGAUCGUGAGAAGGCACCCGUGGAAGGGAAGACUGGAGAGGCUGAGGAAGGAAAGUCGGAGCCAGCGGCUGUUGCCGGCAUUGUCCGCAAUGUUAGUGCGGGGAAAGGGAGCUCGGGGCUCGUCGACCCAGCCCACGUCGUCGCCGAGAAGCAGAACCCGCCAAUGGCGGUCUCGGCAAUGUCAGCCGCGACGCCUGAGGGAGCGGCUGGCGGGGAGCAGGCGGCUGCAGCGUGCGACGGAGUGACGCCGGAGGAGGCCGUCGCGCGUUCGGGCUUGCUGUCGUCGUUCCUCAGUCCGGGGCUCGACGACGUGAAGGGCAUGGGGCUGGGGUUCUCGCUCACCCCCGUCGACAAGUCCAGGGCCGCGAUCACAGAACCCGAACGCGGCGCAGUGGCGGUCACGGCCGCGGCGGCGGCGGCAGCUGAAGCAGCAGGAGAGGGUAUCGCUCCCGCGCCUGAACAACUCAUGUCGUCGUUUCUGACCCCUGGUGUGUUGGACCACAGCGAUGGGGACCUUGACGGGCUGCUCGAGACGCCGGACGGGGCUAGCUCAGGCGUGGGGAGGCGUACGGGCGGUGCUGAUUGGUUGGAUAGUGCGCUACUGGGCUUGGAAAAGGGUGUUGGUGCUGCGGGUUUCGCGGGUGAUGCGGGGAGUCCGCUGCAGCUGGUGGGUGAGGCGGUCGCGCUGGAUCCGCUUCCGCGCGUUCCGCUGGAUCCGCCUCAGGAGUGCGCGCCGCUGCGUCUGGAGAGCGCGCUGAACGCCGCGCUGUUGCUGCCGGCGCCACUCGCGGCGAACGAUCAGGCGGAUGGAGCGGCGGCUGUUGGGAAGCUCUCCGGCGAUGGUGCCUUCGGCUCCCCGCAGGACCGCAUUGCGGGAGAGGGGGGUGGCGGCGAAGGGGCAGAGGGCGGAGCAGCGGGGAGUUACGGUGGGGAAGGUCGCGCGCGCGAGAGCGUGGGGAAGAAGGGGCGGCGGGAAAGCACUGGCACGAGUCCGGAACCAGGUGCUUGGAGGGAGAGCGGGAAGGAGGGCGGUGGAGAGGCGGGGGACGCGGGGGAAGCGGGGGGCAGAGUCGAGGAGAUGGCGGGAGAGGAAGAGGCGGCAACUGAGUUUUCCACAAUCGGCCGAUUCCCCUACCUGACUGCCCGCCCCGCUGUCACCGCGUCCGUGGGCGGGAUGGCUCCUAUCGAGGCGGGGACGGGCGCGGAGGAGAUGGAGACUCCGCCGAGGCGGGUGGCGAAGAGCAGGAGCGGCGGAGGCGGUGCGCGCGAGGCGGAAGGCGGUUCGCCGAGGGACGGGGACUCGCCCAUCAUGGGUGUGGUGUCCGCCGGCAAGGAGGGCGCGGGCGGCAGCGCCAGGCAGGACGGAAAGGUUGCGCGGAGUGGGGGGAAACGGGGGGAUGCGGAAGAUGGAGAGAACGGGGGGGAUGAGGGUGAUGCGGAGGAGCGGAGUAUGGGGCUGGUGGGGUGGAGCGAGGGAGUGAGGCGGGCGUUUGAGGAUGUGGAGAUGGGGGAGGAGCUGGUGGGGGGGUUCGAUCUGGCGGAAGUGGGCUGGGGGGAGGAGAUGGCGGGCGGGGUGGGCGGAGGAAUGGAGAGUGCGGAGCAGGCGCGCAUCCGCGGCGUCCGGUGGCUCGAGUGGUUCUUUUCCAUGGCUGGGAUGUCGCUAGAGAAGCGCAAGUCGGGGGUGCUGGAGCAGUCCCCCUGGACUCCGCGCACGCCCAGGGAGCGCGCGGGGGAAGCGAGUGCGGGAGAGCGCCUGUUCCGCCGCGUGUGCCUGCAGCCGCAGGAGGAGGCGGUGGAGAAGCUGUGCGCGGAGCUGCUGGCGCGGGUGGCCGAGGAGCAGCAGCAGACAGACGCGCUCGAGGCAGCCAUGACCACCAGCAGCACGGCACUCGCCCAGCUCGCUGCUCAAGGCAACCCCGAGCAGCAGAAGGUGCUCAAGGAGCGGCUGCUCGCCCUCAAGAGCCUGCUCAGGAUGGAGACGAAGGCGGAGUGGCAGAGGGUGCGGACGCAGCUGGAGGCGGAGAGGAGCCGCGCCCUGGACCACGCCGAACGCAUGCUGCAGGUGGAGCAGCAUCGGGUGACGGAGCGCAGGGCGGCGGAAGAGGCAGCAGCGAGGCGAGUGGGCGAGCUGCUGGCGGACGUGAGGGCGAGGAGGGCCGCGGCAGAGCGAGCGCUCAAGGAGAGGGAGGAGAAGGCAGCGGCGCAUCAGCAAAGCCGGCUCCAGGAGCUGAGACAGCAGAGGCAGCGUCUGCUGGAGGAGACGGACGCCAUGCGGAGAGAGCUGGCCGCGCGCCACGAGGCCCUGCAGGCCCGCUGCCAGCCCAUGGGCGAGCCCCAGAUGCAGACACAGACAAGGACACAGUCACAGGCGCGGAUACAGUUACAGCCACAGACAGUGGCUCAGCCUGCGCCUGGGACGGCAGAAGAAGGAGGUUUCAGGGCCGCUGCAGGGAAGACCGGGGUGGAAGGUGCUGAGGGAGAGAACACGGGUGCUGUGUCGGACCCUGUCAGAGCUGCCAAGAUAACGGAGUUUCUGCAGGUACAGAGCGGUUCUGGGUCCUUGCUGUUGCCACCUGUCCCACUUGAUCUGGAGGUUCAAUCUGCUCUCCCAGCCCACAGCUCAUUUGAUUAUGCCAACAUCUCUCGUGAUUCUAUCUACCACCCUUGCCAACCGUGCCACUCCUGCCUUCCCCCUGCCAACCCCUGUCUACCCCUGUCUACCCCUGCCUCCCCCUGCCUCCCCCUGUCUCCCCCUGUCUCCCCCUGUCCCCCCCUGUCUCUCCCUGUCUCUCCCUGUCUCUCCCUGUCCCCCCUUGGGUGGAGGCUGCGUGAGUACCAGCAGUCACAAGACGGCACCCAGAUGGACCUCGUGCUCUCCGUGCUCCACUUUGUCACCCUCAGAGUGCACAUCGACCUGGCGACAUCUUCCUUCUCCCUCUCGCCAGCCAUCAACCAUUCAGUGGUCGCCAAGGUGCGCUCGGCUCCGACCCUCGCAUGUUGUUUCUGCUCCAGCCCUCGCAUGCGGUUUCAUCCCCUGCCUAGCCUCCUCUCCUUCUCCCUCUCGCCAACAAUCAACCACUCAGUGGUCGCCAAGCAAUUCCCUCUCUUUGAGGUGGUGCCUGCAAUGGAAGCGCUGGUGGUUGGGCCUACAGGAGGUUCCUCUCAGCCGCGUUCCUCGCCCCUCACUGCUGCUGCCCUCGCCGCUGCUUACCAGGGAGUGCUGCUACGAGCAGGGCGCACACACGCGUUGGUGCAGGAGCUGUGGGAGCAGAGGCAGCAGCUCAUGAGGGUCAUGCCAUGCCUUACCAUGCAGCCAUAUGGCACCUCAGGUGAUGUCGUGGUGCGGGCUUCGUUCGUGCAAUUUGAUCCCUUCACCAAGGUCAUUCUCAGCUGUCGCAUUCCCUACCAAAUAAGACACUUCCUGUUCUCCUCCCAAUGCCCCCCCUGCAGCGGCAUGUCUUAUCCAUUCAUGCGCCCCCACGUGGAGGUGGAGGUGCCUCACAGCCGCAAGCUGCCUGCACAGCAGGUGCAGCACGCAGUGGCAGCAGCAGCAGCGGGGGUGCCUGAGGGGUAUGGGCUCAUGGCCCGCAUGCUGCAAGCGGUGGCAGGUACCCUCCAGACUCUCAUUGGGAAUUGA